AUCCCCAUGUCCAACAUCGCGGCUCUGCUUGAGAAGAUGGAGAACAGAGUUGGUGAUAUUUGUGAGUGAAGAAAGGUUAUAAAUCGAGGUGACUGCCGCGAUGAUGAAACUUUUUUCUACUCACCACUCAGCAUCUCAGCCCAAAGCCGAGGAUCGCACUCCAGUCUUUACAUUUCGAUUUUCUCCAUUCUUUCAAAAACAGCCACAAUGACUGUCACUCUUCGUUCAUUAGUCUCGCUCCUCGCGACCACAGGUUUGGCAGCUGCCGCAUCCUGGAACACCACUUGCACAAGCAAGUCUCAGAGAAAAGCAUGGAACAAUAUGACCGAUACUGAGAAGCAGGCUUACAUCGAUGCUGAGCUCUGCCUCCAGUCUACUGCAGCCAAGACCUCCAUCGAAGGCGCCAUCAACCGCUGGGAUGAGCUUGACUGGGCACACAUCACUCAGUCCAACAUCAUUCACAACACUGGAUCUUUCCUUCCUUGGCACCGCUACUUCAUGCGUGUCCACGAGUACCUCCUUCAAUCCGAGUGCGGCUACGAAGGCGGCCAGCCGUACUGGAAUGAGGUCUUGGAUAUGGACUCGCUCAACAGCUCCGUUGUCUUUGACCCCGACACCGGCUUCGGCGGCGAUAGCGACGGCGGAUGUGUCACCGAUGGCCCCUUCGUCAACCUGACUCUCCACAUCAACUCCACCUCCAAUUACGCCAGCGAUUGUUUGACCCGCUCAUUCAACUCCAACGGCUUCCAGACCGGACAGCAGCAGUACAUUGACGAGUGCUUCGCUUCCGAGAACUACACGGCGGCUUUCGAAUGCUACCAGGUCAACCCUCACACGGCAGGCCACUCUGCAGUUGGUGGAACCAUGCUCGAUGUCGUUGGCAGCCCUGGCGAGCCGCUCUUCUUCCUGCACCACACCAACCUGGACCGUCUCUGGUGGGAGUGGCAGCAGGUCAACAGCUCCCGCUUGACUGACAUGGGAGGCCGUAACAUCCCUCUCACCAGCUACCUUACCCAGAGCGGCAUGGAGUACCCCAGCGCUGCUCUGACCGACUACUUCGGCGAUGGUGGCAACGAAACCACCCUGAACCACAACCUCUGGAUGGUCGAUAUCAUGCCCAACGCAACUGUUGGAGAGGUUAUGGACAUCGGAGGUGACCUCAUCUGCGCUGAGUACGUCUAAGCUUGUAAAGAUUUUACCAGCCUACGCUUGGGAUGGACAGACAUGAGAAGGAAUGCAUAGAUUUUUCACUUGUACAAAGUAGAGCAUAGUAACAAAAGCGAUUUUU